GACAUUCGUUGUUCCCCUUCUUUUUCAGCAGGCAAGAGAUACACAUUGAGGCGCGCUCUUAGUGAAUAAAAAGUUGCGCUUUCUUCACGAGCUAAUAUUAUUCGACGAUGCUUAUAAAAUAAUUUGUAUACAUGCGAGUAACAUGUGAUCGAUGAUAGUAUAAAAUAAAUGUAGUUUAAUAAAUACAAGAUAUUUGUUCGAUUUGUGCUAUUACAAAACGGAGCACUUGAGUGGUGUGCUUUCAUGUUUACAUGUUGCGCGCACGUCAAAUCGAUACGUCGUGUGCAUGUGCGACCGAGUUUAGUGAGUGGAUUAUGAAAUUUGUAUAUGACGGAAAAAUUCGCACGUGGUUUAUAAUUGUCCAUCGCGUUGUGUAAAUGUACUUUUUGUUUGGCAUUUAGAUAGAGAACUUGUAAUAGCAAACUUGGAAAAUAUUGAAGAAGACGUCGAUAAAUACAUAUCUAUCAAAAUAUAACUGAAGAAGUAUUAAAGUUAUUGCUGAGGAUUCGUGUUGGAGGUGAAUAUAAUUCGAAACGAUUCAAAAGCUUCUAUGGGAUAUAAUAUUGCGAAUUGGGAAAUGAUACGCACGAGGGAGGAAUUGGUGGAGAAAUUGGGUCUGGACGGCGCGGAUGAUACUAAUACUUUGUUGAACAAUAUGGUAGACGUCAGAGCGUGCUACAAACCUAACGGAAAAUAAAGUGGAAAAAAGCUUGCCACUGUAUGCGGUUUGAUCACGAGCGCGAGUUUUGAAGUAGUUGAAUAUCUUCUCUUUCUUCACAUGCAUGGGUCCUGGUUUAUUCAAUUACUACGUUCCUGUUGUGCACUAUCGACGACCAUCGUCACACUGCGCACGUGUAUCGGCUCUCUAAGCUCGAUUAAUAACAAAAAUGACCAAGGAUAAACAGUCAUGGUUUCGUGGCGUUCGAAGCAGUAAAUUUCGCCACGUUUACGGUGUACCUGCUAAACGAGAAAAAUGUUAUGAUAAUAUCAAAAUCACGAAGAACGCACACGACUCACAAUUUUGCGCUGUGAAUCCCAAAUUCCUUGCCAUUGUGACGGAAGUGGCAGGCGGCGGGGCAUUCUUGGUUUUGCCGCUUGAUCGCACUGGUAGACUAGAUUUUAACGCCAGUAGAGUAACUGGACACACUGGACCAGUUCUGGACAUCAAAUGGAAUCCGUUCAACGAUAAUAUCAUCGCUUCCUGUUCCGAUGAUUGCACUAUAAAAUUGUGGCAUAUUCCUGAUGGUGGAUUAUCACGAAAUCUCACUGAGUGGUUAGUGGAGCUGCAAGGACAUAAACGUCGUGUUGCAUACAUAGAAUGGCACCCUGUUGCUGAAAAUGUGCUAUUUAGUGCUGGCUUUGAUCAUCUUGUUAUCGUAUGGGAUAUAAAUAAAGGAGAGGCCAUCAAUAUAAUUGAUAGGCAUUCUGAUGUAAUCUAUAGUAUAUCAUUAAAUCGUGAUGGUAGCUUAUUGGCGACAACAUGCAAGGAUAAAAAAUUAAGGGUUUUUGAGCCAAGAUCUGGUAUCGUAGUCUCUGAAGGGGUCUGUCAUGCUGGAACAAAAGCUAGUAAAGUGGUUUUCCUUGGUAGUUCUGGUCGUCUUCUUACGACAGGUUUCAGUCGACAUUCUGACAGACAGUAUGCUAUCUGGAGUCAACAUGAUUUGAAUAUACCAUUAACAUGCGAAACAAUUGAUUCUUCCAGUGGAGUAGUUUUUCCAUAUUAUGAUAACGAUACGAACAUGGUAUAUUUGGCAGGAAAGGGUGAUGGUAAUAUUCGAUAUUAUGAAAUAGUAAACGAAGCACCUUGGAUGCAUUAUCUUAGUCAAUUCAUCUCUGGAAAUCCUCAACGAGGAUUAGGUGUAAUGCCAAAAAGAGGCGUUAAUACUGCUAUUUGCGAAGUAUUCAGAUUUUAUAAAUUACAUGCGACUCGAGGAAUGUGCGAACCGAUAUCCAUGAUAGUUCCUCGAAAAAGUGAUCAAUUCCAAGAAGAUUUAUAUCCCGAUACUGUAGGUACUUGUCCAGCUUUAUCAGCUAGAGAUUGGAUAAGCGGAAUGAACAACCCACCAAUUUUAAUUUCUUUGAAAACCGGUGGUAGUAUUACCACGCACAAGCCACGAGUAUAUAAGCCACCUCAACUUCCACCAACAACUGACUUGAAUAAUAAAAAGAAAUUCGCUUUCUUGUCUACUGAAACUGUACCAGAUUACAGGCCCAUCGAAUUUCAUGACAUGUCAGAGAAAAGUCAAAAGACAUCUAGUAAUCAAAGUACUAAAUUUCAGCAACUGCAACAAAAAUUCGGCAAUGUUGUAUUACAGAAAAAUAUCAUUUCUCCUCCACUGAAUGAUAAUAAGGUUUUAGAGAAUGUAGACAUUCCUAAUAAUGAAGCGGAACUGAGAUUAGCAUUUGUUCGUCAAACUGAUGAAUUGAGAUUGGUACGAAGACAACUUGCAAACAGUCAGUUACGCGUUAAAGAGUUGGAAGAGCAAAUUCGCAAACUUCAGCGUCAGUAAAUAUACAAUUAUUUCGAAAUAUAAUACAACGUAUGCGCCGAAUAAAAUUUUUUGUAGCAUUGUUGCUAGUUGUACAACAAACAUGGUACUUAACAAAGUGAUAAUGUAUAUGUAUAUUGUUCAUGGCAAUUAAAUGCCUACGCUUUUAACAAAAUUUACACAUACAUACAAAAAAGAACAAAAAAAA